ACCUCGAGCUUUGGCCGCGCGCGUGCCGAGGGACCCCCCGACUCUGCUUGCAGCUCUGCCCCUCUUGUUCUCCCGCGCGCUCUUUUUUGAUGGCUCGAGCAUGGAGAUGGAGAUAGCCCUGGUGAGCUUAGAGAACGGCGGCGCGCACACGGGCUCCCCGCGCAGCCCUCCGCCGAGCCCGUGGCGCACGGAGCCGAGCGCGCGCCUCUUCGACGAUGAAGCGCUGGACGAAGCUGCCGCCGCCGCGCUGGACGUGGCGAGCGCCGAGCGCGUGCUCAUCAACGUGGCGGGCCUGCGCUACGAGACGCGUCUGGGCACGCUCGCGCAGUUCCCGGACACGUUGCUGGGCGACCCGGAGAAAAGGAUCAAGUACUUUGACCCUCUGAGGAACGAGUACUUUUUUGACCGCAACCGGCCCAGCUUCGACGGCAUCCUGUAUUACUACCAGUCCGGCGGCAAGAUCCGGAGGCCGGUCAACGUGUCCAUCGAUGUGUUCGCUGAUGAGAUCCGCUUCUAUGAACUGGGUGAUGAGGCCAUGGAGCGUUUCCGCGAGGAUGAGGGCUUCAUCAAGGAAGAAGAACGGCCACUGCCCGAGAACGAGUUCCAGCGGCAAGUUUGGCUCAUCUUCGAGUACCCGGAGAGUUCCAGUCCGGCUCGUGCCAUCGCCAUCGUAUCGGUAUUGGUCAUCACCAUUUCCAUCGUCACCUUCUGCUUGGAGACUCUGCCCGAGUUCAGGGACGAAAGGGAGCUGGCCGCAACCACGGCUGGCAGCGGCAGGACAGCAGAGACCAACGGAACCCGCUCUAGACCUUCGCUGACCUUCGCCGACCCCUUCUUCAUUGUGGAGACGACAUGCGUGAUCUGGUUCACCUUCGAGCUGCUGGUGCGCUUCCUGGCAUGCCCCAGCAAGUCAGCCUUCUCCAAGACGGUCAUGAACGUCAUUGACGUCAUGUCCAUCAUGCCCUACUUCAUCACGGUGGGUACGGAGCUGGUGGAGCAGCAGCACGGCCACCAGCACGAGGACGGCCAGCAGCAGCAACAGCAACAGCAGGCCAUGUCUCUGGCCAUCCUUAGGGUCAUCCGGCUGGUUAGGGUGUUCAGGAUCUUCAAGCUUUCGAGACACUCCAAAGGUUUGCAGAUUUUGGGGCAAACCUUGAAGGCGAGUAUGCGAGAACUGGGCUUGCUCAUCUUCUUCCUCUUUAUCGGAGUCAUCUUGUUCUCCAGUGCUGUCUACUUUGCUGAGGCUGACGAGCCUGAGUCCCAUUUCUCCAGCAUCCCAGAUGCCUUCUGGUGGGCUGUGGUGACCAUGACUACUGUGGGUUAUGGGGACAUGAGGCCGGUCACUGUUGGGGGCAAAAUCGUAGGUUCCUUGUGUGCCAUUGCUGGUGUGCUGACCAUUGCACUCCCCGUACCUGUGAUUGUGUCCAACUUCAACUACUUCUACCACAGGGAGACGGAUCAAGAGCAGGCCUCGCUCAGGGACGAUGGCCCCGGCGGCCGCGAGAGUCCAACGUCCUUACGGUUGGCCGGAGAGGCGGACAAUGAGGACGGGACGGAUAACUCGCCUGCAGAGAAGCCCAGCGUAAAAGUGAACAGCAGCAGCAGCAGCAGUGUGGACAUCAAGCGCUCCCUGUACGCGUUCUGCCUGGAUGCAAGGGAGACGGACCUGUAG